UAUUCGCGCGACGAUGUCAUAAAGCUCGUCUUUUACGAAAGUAUCUGGUAGUAAUUUCUUAAGACAAGAUGCAGAUGUCAUUUCAUGGCGGCGUCGCAGAAACUAUUCUGUUUGAAAAAUGGCGCAUAAAUAACGCUCAAGGAAUGAUUGGUUCCGUAAUCGGCGUCAUUCUUCUAACUGCAUUGUAUGAAGGACUAAAAUCUUAUCGUGAGUAUCUCUUCGCGCGUACGACGUUUCUCAGGAAGAAUCAGCAGAAGAAAUCAAGAAAUGCAUUGUUGUUUUCCGGAGUGCAUUUCUUUCAAACGCUUCUGCACGUAAUCCAAAUAGUGCUUGGCUAUUUUCUUAUGUUUAUUUUUAUGACAUACAACUAUUGGCUCUGCAUCGCUGUCGGAACUGGAACAGCUCUUGGAUAUUGGUUGUUCCAAUGGGAAAAAGCUACUAAUGACAAUACAGAUUGUUGUUCGUAA